AUGGCUUUGGAACCGGAAGAACACUUCAAGACGCCCGAAUGGGUUUCGAGGUUGGAGAAUAAACACAAAAAAUUUCAUAAAUUAGCUCAUGAAGUUGGAUCUGGUUCAAGUUGUUUAAAAUGUGGAGAUGCUUGCCCUGGCUUGGAUUUACAUUUUUGGAGAAAGGUGUGUAGGAAUUGUAAAUGUAAAAGAGAAGAACAUAAUAUUGUAGAUGAAGAUCAGUAUAAACAGUUAGAUAUUUUAUUCAACGAUUCAAAAUCGAAUUACCAACCAAUAAAAGCAGUGUUGAAUAUGAUUAUUAAACCUGAUGACCAGUUUGUCAAAAAACGAGAAACUGAUCAAAAUCAAAAUGAAUUUAAAUUUGAUUGGGUCCCACCAAAUGUUCAUAAAGAUCUGGCUUCAGAAUACAUGCAGUUGUUACCAUCUGACAAAUUACCUAUUAGUGGUAGUGAAGGUGCUUUUUACAGACGCAAACAGCUUGAAAAACAAGUUCCUUUACAUGAUUUUAAUGCAAACGUUUGUCAUAAUCUUACCAUUGAAGAAGCUGAUGCUAUGGGUUCUUAUUUGAAAAAUUUAAAAGAGAAUGCUGUUGGUCAAGGCUUGGUCAAAAAACUUACUGAUAACACUAAUAAUCCAAUUCCACUGUUUAAAAAUAUGAAUUUAACACCCAAACCAUUUAAAAAAACUUAUAACCAAAAAUUUGAAGAAGAAGAGGAAUUUCCACCUCCUCCUCCGGAACUUUUGUAUCCGUUGUCUAACUCUGAAUUGAAGACACCAAGCACAUUUAUUGGGAACAAAAGCUAUUCUGGAAGUAACAAACCAGACGUCAAUAUGUUAGACACUGUCAACAACAAUCCAGCUGAAUGUGACACACAAGUUAUUACUUCACCAUGGCCAACUUCAAACAUAGCUGUAUCAGAAACUUUACCCCAGCAACAGACAAAUUUCUCCUCAAAUAUUCAGAAUGAUAAUUACACACCUACGCUGAAUGAUAAGGAUAUUGGUGAAUCAUUAAAAAAUCUUCCCUGGGAAGGUUCAAACGAAUUCCCAACAUCUAAUGCUGAUAUAUGUAUAUUACCGGACGGACAAGAAUUGCGUUGUAAGCAAUGUAAUAAGAAUGUAAUACCAGGUCAAGUUGCUGUGAUGGCUGAACGCACUGGUAAAGAAGUAUUUUGGCAUCCACAGUGUUUUGUUUGUGCCACAUGCGAAGAACUAUUAGUUGAUCUAGUGUACUUUUACUAUAGUGGGAAUGUUUAUUGUGGUAGACAUUAUGCUGAAAUCUUAAAUAUACCACGAUGUAAUGCUUGUGAUGAGUUGAUAUUUUUGAAAGAGUAUACAAUUGCUGAGGACCAUACCUAUCAUGUUCGACAUUUUUGUUGUUUUGAGUGUGACAAACCAUUAGCUGGAUUAGAAUAUGUGUCGAUUGAAAAACAACCUGCGUGUUUGGAUUGUUAUCAAAUAAAAUAUGGAAAAAAAUGCGAAACCUGUCAAAAUAUUAUAGUGGCUGGCGAUAAUAGGAUUGGUUGGCAAGAGUUGAGCUGGCAUGAGUCUCCGGCAUGUUUUAAAUGUUAUCAGUGUUACACAUCGCUUUUAGGUAAAAAGUUCACGGUAAAAAAAGAAAAGCGGCCCUUGUGUAGCAGAGAAUGUGUAAUAGCUUUUAACAAUUCUACAGAACUUUAA